AUGACAGGAUCAACAACAAAUGAAUAUGCGUCGAAGGCGCCGGAACCGAUAAAGAACGAACAAUAUUGCAGGCUCCCGGCGCAUGCUCUUCUCCCCUCCGGCGCGCCCGAUUAUCUGCGACUCAUCCUCACCUCCAAGGUGUACGACCUUAUCACUGAGACCCCCCUUCUCUUUGCCCAGGGGCUAUCGAAAAAGCUGGGAAAUGAAAUAUGGUUGAAGAGAGAAGAUUUGCAGAAGGAGGUGUUCAGUUUCAAGAUCAGGGGGGCGUUCAACUUCAUGGCGCACCUGUCGGAGGAGGAGAGGUGGAAGGGUGUGAUUACAUGCAGUGCUGGUAACCAUGCCCAAGGCGUUGCUCUCUCCGGGACGACUCUCAAUAUACCCUGUACGAUCGUUAUGCCGCUCGCAACACCCGCCAUCAAAGUCCAAGCUGUUCAACGCCUUGGCGCAAAAGUCAUUCUUCACGGUGUCGACUUCGACGAGGCCAAAUCUGAAUGCGCGCGCCUCACUGAAGCUCAUGGGCUGAUAUUCGUUCCCCCCUAUGACGACCCACUUGUCAUAGCGGGCCAAGGCACAGUCGGCUUGGAAAUUAUGAAGCAGUGCCCACGAAGCGAUACGUUGGAUGGCAUUUUUGCAUCUAUCGGCGGAGGAGGGCUUGUGAGCGGCAUUGCAGAAUAUGUGAAGCGUAUAGCAAGCCCAAAAACCAAGAUCAUUGGCGUGGAGACUGUUGAUGCAGACGCAAUGGCACGAAGUCUGGAGAAAGGCGAACGUGUUACGCUGAAUGAGGUUGGCGCCUUCAGCGACGGCACGGCUGUUCGCCUGGUUGGAGAGGAGCCUUUCCGUAUAUGCCAAGCCCUGUUGGAUGACAUCGUCAAAGUGGACAACGACGAAAUCUGUGCUGCGAUUAAAGAUGUAUUCGAGGAGGCUCGCUCUGUAACCGAGCCGGCUGGAGCACUCGCCCUCGCCGGUCUCAAGCGAUAUAUCCAGGACAACAACUUGGUUGGUUCUGGGAAGCGGUUCGUCGCUGUAGUGAGCGGGGCGAAUAUGAACUUCAGCAGGUUGCGCUUCGUAGCAGAGCGUGCUGAUCUCGGUGAAGGCAGGGAGGCUCUCUUAGGCGUUGAGAUGGCAGAGAAACCAGGGAGCUUCAAAUCGUUGAUUGAAGUUCUCCACCCUCGUGCAGUCACUGAAUUCGCCUACCGCUACGCCUCCCAGCCAGACGCACACAUCUUCGUUUCUUUCCUCUUAGCAUCGCCGGCCAACCGCACCCAGGAGAUCGCCGAGAUCUUGGCGGGUGUCGAAAAGCUCGGUAUGAAAGCGGACGAUAUCAGCGACAACGAGAUGGCGAAAAGCCAUGCCAGGUAUAUGGUCGGUGGGAGAAGCGAAGUGCCUAAUGAGAGGUUAUUCCGAUUCAUAUUUCCCGAGCGGCCCGGCGCAUUGCGACGAUUCCUUCGAGGAUUGCGUGUGGAUUGGAACAUAUCUCUCUUCCAUUAUCGGAAUCACGGCGCUGAUGUCGGCAAGAUCUUGGCAGCCAUACAAGUGCCCCCUGAGGAAAAUGAGCAGUUCCAAGACUAUCUGGACAAUCUCAAAUACGAAUAUGUCGAGGAGACAGACAAUGAGGUGUACAAACGUUUCUUGCGGUAA